AUGUCUGGCACAGUGGUACAUUCGCCCACGAGUUCGCCGAGCAGGGCGAAUGCAACGGUAAUUGAUGCUCGUCAUCUGCUCGGUGAUCGACUAGCCAGUAACCAAGAACCAACAGCGAGUCCAUCCAUGCUGUUUGAUGAAACCAGUCCGCUAAGACGCAAAGUGGCGAACAGCCCGUGGUCCUCUCUACCGUCCUGCCCAUCAGAGGCUCGAUUGAGGAUCAGGGGGUGGGAGUCGAGCAUGGUAUUGAAAACGGUGGUUAACAACGGCGACUCGUCAGCAAUUUGCACAUCUGAAGCGGUCGCGGUUGUCGUUGCCCAGGGUAUUGACACUAGCAGCAAGACUUCAAAUGUCCCUGGUCAGGCUGCUCCUUGGUAA